AUGCAUAGAACUUAUUCACUCAGAAACUCAAGAGCCCCUACUGCUGCUCAAUUGCAGAACCCUCCUCCUCCUCCUUCCUCGACCAAGUCUAGGUUCUUCGGCAAGGGUGGUAUCGCGUACUCUUUCAGAAAGAACACCGCCGGCGCUUUUGGCCCCGAGCUGUCUAGAAAGUUGUCGCAGCUGGUGAAGAUCGAGAAGAACGUCUUGAGAUCGAUGGAAAUCGUCUCCAAUGAGAGGAGAGACGCCGCUACACAAUUGUCUGUGUGGGGCCUGGAGAACGACGACGACGUCUCGGACAUCACCGACAAGCUGGGUGUUCUAAUCUACGAGAUCAGUGAGCUGGACGACCAGUUCAUCGAUCGCUACGACCAGUACAGACUUACUUUGAAGUCCGUGAGGGACAUCGAGGGGUCCGUCCAACCAUCAAGAGACAGAAAAGCUAAGUUGACCGACAAAAUCGCUUAUUUGAAGUACAAGGACCCACAAUCCCCAAAGAUCGAGAUUCUAGAACAAGAACUGGUCAGAGCUGAAGCGGAAUCUUUGGUUGCUGAAGCACAAUUGUCAAACAUCACCAGAUCGAAAUUAAGAGCUGCAUUCAACUACCAAUUUGACUCCAUCGUGGAACACUCAGAAAAAAUAGCCCUGAUCGCUGGUUACGGCAAGGCCCUACUAGAAUUACUAGAUGACUCUCCAGUCACUCCAGGUGAAACUAGACCAGCCUACGACGGCUACGAAGCUUCUAAACAAAUUAUCAUUGACGCAGAAAGUGCAUUGAACGAAUGGACCUUGGACUCUGCCCAAGUGAAAGCAACUUUGUCUUUCAAGAACGACGAAGACAUUGUCUACGACGACUACGAGGAUGAAGAUGACUUAGUCGAUGAAGCUAUCGCUCAAGAAGAUCACGACGGCCAAUGGUCCGGCGAGGAAGAAGAAGAGGAAGAAGAGGAGGAACUUCAUCAAGACGCCGAGGAAGAAUCUGUACACGUGAAUUAA